AUGGUUCCUGGGGUCUGCUGUGGGACACCUGUGUUGUCACCUUUCCUUCUGACCUUCAUAUUCCUUGGCUGUAUAUUUUUCUCCUUCAGCUCGUGGCUGACUUACAAAUACUGCCUUCGUAAGCUGUUCUUAUCCAAAACUUCAGCCUUGAACCUGGGGACACCCCAGUCUCCCACUGCCAUAUUCUACCUGAGAACAAUUUUGGGGGGGGGCCGCUGUUUCUUCGCCGGCGCCAGGCCUGCCCUCAGAUCUCUCACAAAGCCUAAAAUCAUCAAGAAGAGGACCAAGAAGUUCAUCUGGCACCAGUCCAACAGAUAUGUCAAGAUCAAGAGAAACUGGCAUAAACCAAGGGGCACUGACAACAGGGUGCGAAGACGACUCAAGGGCCCGAUCUUGAUGUCCAAUAUUGGUUAUGGAAGCAAUAAGAAGACAAAACACAUGCUACCAAGUGGAUUCAGGAAGUUUUUGGUGCACGACAUCAAAGGGUUUGAAGUGCUCCAGAUGUGCAACAAAUCUUACUGUGCUGAGACUGCUCAUGAUAUUUCCUCUAAGAAUCGGAAAUUUGAGAGAGCAGCUCAGCUAGCCAUCAAGAUCACCAAUCCAAAUGCUAGACUGAAGAGUGAAGAAAGCAAGUAA